AUUGAUAACUCCUCUAAGCAGCUGAUGUGUCUCUGGCUGUGUGAGUCCAAUCAGUAAGGCACCAGGUGGGAUAAUUAUGAUGAGAUGGGAAAUGAGAUCAGAUCAAGACGUGACUCUCCAGCGGUCACGACUUGAAUUUCAGCACUUGUUGUUCUUGUUGCUCCUGUUUUUGUCUUUUUCAGAUCAUGUUGGUGUCCGUCUGCCUUCUUUGGAGUUUAUUCCAUUGUGUACUGGGAGGCCCGACUCACCGCGCUACAAGGUCUGAAGAGAUAAACCCGAUAAAUGUAAAACAGGAUGGAGCUCCGCAGUCCUUCCACCGUCUGCCCAUGUUCCUGCACGCACCAGGGCCGCUCAUUAGGCCGGAGCUGUUUCUGCCCGUCCCCCAGAAAACGACGCUUCCCACCGGACUGCCUGCGCUGCUGUUGCCGGCAACAAGUCAACCUCAGACCACCCAAGGGACAGGAGACCGAGCUGUGGAGGUCUGGUGCGGUACCGAUGCAAUCACCGUGCGCCUGGACCGCCUACAGCUGCGCACCUGGACUGAUCCGUCCCUCUUCAGACUGGGCUCAUGUGCAGCCACCAGGAUCAGCCCCCGAUUCCUGUAUUUCCACUCCAGACUCACGGAGUGCGGCGGAGAAUUUAAGGUUGCCGGUGGUCAGCUGGUGUAUACCUAUUCACUGAACUAUAUUCCACCUCCACAAGGCUAUGUCAUCAGAGUUCUACCACUCAAUCUUCCUAUCUAUUGCCAUUACAACAGGUUUCUUUACUCGUACAAAGUUGGCUUCAGACCUCAAGUACCACACAAAACCUUCUUGAAAACUAUCAGGAGUAAACUUAUCUUCAGCAUCACUGUCUGCAAUGCCCAGUGGGAACCCCUCCCUGCAGGCCACUGGUUCUUUUUAGGGGAACCUGUGUAUUUUUUGGUCCAGACAGAGGCUCUGUUGAAUGGAGAGAGGCUUUAUGUGGAUUCUUGCUAUGCUUCAAGCUCUAAAGAUCCAAACAGCAUGCCCAAAGUGGAUAUUAUUGCUAACUAUGGCUGCAUGACAGACAGCAGGAGGGAGGGCAGCAGCUCCAAGUUCCUCUCCAGACAGGACAACGUGCUGAAGUUCUCUGUGGAUUCCUUUCUCUUCAAACCAGUCUCAGAGGUGCAGUAUCUCCACUGUUCAGUGUCUGUUGGUCUCACCACUUCCCACAAUGCAAAGUCCUGCAACUACAAGAAGCAUGCUGGCAGGUGGGAGGAGCUGGAAGCCUCACCCUCAGUAUGCUCCUGCUGUGAUUCUACAUGCAGUGACAUGGAAGACUCUAGCAAGAAUACAGUUAGUAGUCCAGGAUGGUUCAUUAGAUCAAAGGGGGAAGAGAAACCAAGGAUGACAGUGGUAUCUGUUCAAGCACACCAGGAAAAGAAAGCGGUGGAUCAAGAAGAGAACAGGAAAGAAAGAAUGGAUGUGCACCUUAAAGAAGUCCAAACAUUCCCAAGGCAAUUCAAGAUUUCUCAUAUUGAGGAAGAAGACGAGAUCCUUCCUGAGAAAGAAGACUGGAAGUUGGCUGCAGUCAGUCAGUGGGAGAAGAAUGAUAAAGAGGACAAAAUGAGUGAGACAAAAAUGUUCAUUAUGGAAAAGGCAGACAGCCAGCUGAAAGAACUAGCAACAGAUAGCACCAUUAUGUCAGAUGAGAGUAGACAAAAUGAACCUGCUCAGGUGAGGGAGGAGGUUCCAUAUUCUAAAAAUGUUUCUGUGAUUGGUUUAUUCAGUGACAACAGUGGUGCUAGCACUUCAAGAAGUAGUUUUAGCAAUACCAAUAUUAGUACAACCGAUUCCUCUUAUGGUAUUAUACACAAGACAAGCAAUCACGACUCUGCUGAAGAUGUUUCCACAGCUAUGGUUCCUACAAUUUGUGAUGAUAGUGAGAAAAUUAGUUGUAGUGCUGCCAACAGUGCAGUCCAGCAUGAAAAGAGUAGUGAUGGUGUUGGACAUGGUACCAGGUAUGUUGCAGUUAGUGAAGACAGCUUUUCCCCCUAUAAUGUUAGAAGUACGUCUAGUACGGCUAGACUUGGUUCUGUUUGGGAUUCAAGUGCCCAUGAUGGUCUGUAUAGCAGCAGAUGGGAGACGGUAGCUGGUAAAAAUUCUGACUCCCCUGGUUUUCCUGGUGUCGUAAAGUCGAGAAAGAGCAGGCUACAGUUGGAUAAGUUAGACACUGUCUUGUGGUCAGAACAGAUUAACCGUGUUAAUAAAUCAGUGGCAGUGGACACCAUGUCAGAUAAGAUACUAGAGCAAGUAGGUGGUUCUGUUAACAGUAAAGGAUCAGACAGAGAUCAUGUUGAACACAUCAGAGGGUCAGAAUCAGACAGGUCUGCUCAUCCAGCUGGAUGUAGGGACCUAAUCUGUGCUGGGUUAUUUGGUAAGUCGGAUUCUGACUCUGGAAGUGAAAAAGGUGAAGCUCUUCGUCUGAGUCAGUUUACUGGAAAAGUACAGACAGAGGAAGAUAUUUCUGGUAUCACACAAACACAUAGUGUUAGCUCUAGCUCUGUUGGUUCAGAGCAAAUGCAGCAAGACAGCCCCAGUCAUUCUGCUGUGGUGACAGUCAUCACUGCCCUGCAAGACUCUGAGAGAAGACAAAUGACUAACAGGAAAUGGGCUGAGGUAGUGUCAGGAUAGGGCCUGCAGAGUUUGGGUUUUGUGGUGGACCAGCAAAAUGAGACUGAACAGAAGAUGAGGUAGAUGUUAGUGGAAUGAUAAUAUACUUAAGAGGCUUGAUAAGCAAGUGUUGAUGUGUACACAGGGCAGCAAUGUGACAAAGGUAGAUGUUGGGGGCAUUUGUUAAAAUACCUGAAUUACUAUUGUUUGCAAUUCAACAGCUUGCUAAUAAAUUCUAUCUUUA